UUACUAAUAUUUAUGCAAACAUGAAUAAAUUAAUAUUCUACCCCUUUCUCAAGGGUAGAGAUAGAAAUAGAAUUAGGUAUAUCCAGAAUUAAAAUUAAUUAGAGAGAGAUGGUUGAUUACUUGUUUGGAAGGGUUUAGGUAUGGUGAUGUUAAAAAAGAGGAGGGCCCUGGAACCCGCGUUUUUCUCACGGAGUUGAUUCUCUGUUUUCAACAAAACCCAUAAUUGCUUUUCUUAUCAUCAAUCAAAGAAGAGGGGAGGAGGAGUAAGAUCAGAUCUGCAACUUUGAUAUCGAUUAUCAUUGAUAUUAUAGUACACAUAUACCUUAUAACCAAAAAUACUAGGAGAGGAGAGGAUAAUUUCCAGGCAACCGUGGGUGAUGGCGGAGGACAAAGGCAUUCCUGACGGUGAAAGCAAAGAAUCCAGUCCCCCGCUGCAGGUGGUGAAGAAGAAAAGCAAGGGAGUCCUCUCCCGCAUUUGGAAUGCAAUAUUUAGGAUUCACGGGGACGAUUUCGAGAAGAGGCUUCAACACAUUUCCAAGGAAGAGGCCGCUGUUCUCGCGCGAAUGAAAAGAAGAUCCCAGACUUGGAGGAGAAUGAUUAGGCAUCUCAUUAUUUUUUCUGUCAUUUUGGAGGUUAUUGCAGUUGCUUAUGCCAUCAUGACAACAAGAUCCGUGGAGUUGGAUUGGAAGAUGAGGGCAUUUAGGGUUUUGCCAAUGUUCCUUUUGCCUGUUUUUUCUUCUAUCGCUUAUUCUACAUUUGUAAGCAUCACAAAUAUGUGUGAUCGCAGGGACCAGAAAACUCUAGAAAGACUUCGUGCUGAAAGACAAGCAAAAAUUGAUGAACUUAAGGAGAAGACAAAUUAUUACACUACACAGCAGCUUAUUCAGAGAUAUGAUCCCGAUCCAGCAGCAAAGGCUGCCGCUGCAACUGUCCUGGCUUCUAAGUUGGGUGCAGAUUCAGGUUUGAAAGUCUAUGUUGGAGAUGAAUCUAAGCUUAAUGUGCCAGUGGGGAAGAGCAAUGACAUUGAGGUAGUGCCAUCAAGUGGACUUCGGAAAAGAAAGCAAUUGCAUACUAGAUCCAGUAGUACAGGAAGCACUCCAUUGCUUCAUUCUGAUGAUGAAACAACCCAUUCUGCAGGGAAUGAGGGUCCUCCAGAUUCUGAGCAUGAGCAACUAGUUGUUGAUCACUAUUAUCCACAGGGACCUUCCACACAUGAUGGGGGAUGGCUUGCUCGAAUUGCUGCCUUGCUUGUGGGUGAAGAUCCAACACAGUCUUAUGCACUCAUAUGUGGCAACUGCCAUAUGCACAAUGGACUUGCCAGGAAGGAGGAUUUCCCAUAUAUAACUUAUUACUGCCCACACUGCCAUGCCCUGAAUAGGCCAAAACAAUUGGAAGAUUAUGUUUCCAGUUCUAGCCCGUCUAGUAUGAGCCCCUUGAAAUCAGGAGGAACUGGUGAUGCAAUUAAACAUUCAAGAGGUAGCAUGGGUGAGGGUGUAAGCAUGAGCAACAGCCCGGCGAGAGCUGGUUCUAAGAUUGAGGAAGUGACUGAAAACGUAGUGUCAAGGGAUCUAGUUGGAUAAGAUGCAUUUCCACAUGAAGCAAUGAAAUUUGAGUGAGAUGUUCUAUUUUGUUAAUAGGUGGUUCUGGUUGCCCUUUUAUCUCAUCCAUAGCCUGUAGGUAUAGGAUCUCUGGCUUUACCAGUGGUUUUGGUUCUUGGUUGGAUGUGUGACUUUAAAACAUUGAGAAAUCUUACUGGGAACUUGUGAUUAUACACACAUUGAUAUAGAUGAAGUGCUAAUGUAGCAUUUUUCCUUGUCAUCUUUUUCGUUUCUUUUAUCUUUUUUUAGGCUUUAAAGUGAAAAUACUUGUGGAAGUUCCAAUUAAUCAGAAAUUUCAUGUUGCUUGUAAAGCGUUGGUAACAAUUUAUAUUUUAAUAAUCAAAUUAAAGUUGGUCACGCCAAUGAAGGCAGGGUUCAGCAAAUACUGGCGCGCACUCUGAUUUGUAAAGAUAAUAAACGCAC